AUGUUUUUCACCUUGUUGAAUGCGGUAAAAGCUCUCUUGAACUUCGAGACCAAGGGGCGAGACGAGGAAGCGAGAAAAAUUCGCGGGGAAGACCAUUCCUACAUCAGACGUAACAUUGCAGACCGAGCACCGUGCCCCGGCCUGAAUGCGCUCGCAAAUCAAGGGUACUUGCCGCGAGAUGGCAUGAACAUCACCCUGCCGCGGCUUGAGGCAGCGCUGAUGACGGCGCUGAAGGAGGUCCUGUCACUCUGA